GAAAGACCUCAUAAUAUCCAUAGACGGCGUUGGCUUGGUCAUACAGGCAGAAUAUCUGCACAUUUCCCGCCUCGAAGCCUUCUUCUCGCCACGUUCGUGUCAUCGCGGGUCCGAUAUCCCUCCGAUAGCCGAUACAAGCCUCAGCAACCCGAUCCUCCUCCACAUACUCUCACCCAAGCGCUAUGUCUACCACUACAGGAGCGUUCCUCGCAGGCGGUAUCGCAGCAUGCGGUGCAGUCACCGUUACUCAUAGUUUCGAGACGGUGAAGAUUCGGUUACAACUGCAGGGUGAAUUGCAGACAAAAAACGAGGCCGUGAAGAAGUACAGGGGUGUGUUGCACGGUGUGAAGGUCAUUCUUCAGAAUGAAGGGCCUCGUGGCUUGUUCCGUGGUAUUGGGUCUGCUUAUGUCUACCAGGUGUUGCUUAACGGCUGUCGUCUGGGCUUCUACGAGCCCAUCCGCUCAAAUCUCACAUCCGCUAUCUAUAACGACCCCAAGAUCCAAUCUCUCGGUGCCAAUGUCUUCGCCGGAGCCGCUUCAGGUGUUAUUGGUGCUGCCGCAGGAUCGCCCUUCUUCCUCGUGAAGACCCGUCUCCAAUCCUACUCGCCCUUCCUCCCUGUCGGUACCCAGCACAACUACAAGAACUCAUUCGAUGGUCUGAGCAAGAUUUAUAAGAGCGAAGGUGUUAAGGGCAUCUAUCGUGGUGUUGGCGCAGCCAUGAUCCGUACUAGCUUCGGUAGUGCCGUCCAGCUACCAACAUACUUCUUUGCCAAGCGCCGCUUGACCCGCCAUCUGGGUAUGGAGGAAGGCCCUGCUCUGCACCUAGCCAGUUCUGCGGCUUCCGGUUUCGUUGUGUGCUGCUUCAUGCACCCUCCUGACACUAUCAUGGCUCGUAUGUACAACCAGACUGGUAACCUGUAUGGUGGUGUUUUCGACUGCUUGUUCAAGACGAUCCGCACCGAGGGUGUCCUUGCUAUCUACAAGGGCUUCUUCGCUCACCUGGCCCGCAUCCUGCCCCACACUAUCUUGACUCUCAGUCUCGCGGAGCAGACCAACAAGUUAAUGCGCCGUGUCGAAGACCGGGUGCUGCCCGACUCCUACCGUGAGAAGAUCUAAACAUAGGAAACAUAAGGGUUCCUAGAUCCAAUGCCAUCUACGGAGUACAUUGUUUGGGUCGAUCUUGGAUGUUUCAUGUUUUUGUUCCAUAGACUUGGCGUCAGGUAUCUCGACUCCGAUUUUAGAGGAGUCUGUACAUAUCUUAUCAAGGAUUGUCAACAUAU